AAAGGCUUGCAAGUUGUAACAGUGCAACUUAGGUUUAAGUACAGUCAAUUUCAGUGGCUACUGGCAACUAACUUUUCUAUUUUCUUUUGUGCUUGGUUAAUUUUUUUCUAUUUAUUCUCACUUCUUAAGUCUCCUUUGUCUCUCCAAUGGCACACAGAUUUGAUCACUUUGAUGAUUGCAUUUUGUUCCUGUCUCUCCUCAAAAUUAGUUUUUUCUAAUAUAUUGUAAAGUAAAAUUUAAUAAACAUUGCAAGCUUGUUUGAACUUUUUAAAAUAUUAUUGACAAGUCUGAAAUCAGAAUGCCAGGAAUUAAAUCAAAAACUAAUGAACGUCCAGCUGUUGCAAUAUUGCUCUCUCAUGCUGAACUGUCAUGGCAAAAUCUUAUUAAAGGCAUAGUUAACACAGCAAGCCUCCCAGAAGAUGUGAAAAUUAGUCCCACUUUUGAUACCAAGUUUUGUUGUUCUUGGCUUAUUGAAAACAAAUACUACCGUGCUGAUGUGCUGCUUAUGGUGAUGCAUCAAUCCUGGGUGGAGCAACUCAACCACCUCAAGAGCAUUGCCCAGGCUCUCAUUAUAUACUGGGAUAACAAUCAUGAUGAUUCUCAGCAAAAAUUGGAUGUUAUCAUGGAGAGCCUAGAAGACUUCCAGCCUGAAGUGUGCCUCUUGGUGUGCAAUAAUUUUUCUGAAGGUGCCAAAGUUUCUAAACUUUCUGCAACACAGUGGUGUAUUGAUCAUGGCUGGGAGUUGGUGGUGCUUGAGCAAGAAGGAAGUGAUGAAGAUCUUGAUGAUUUGGAAGAUGACUUCCAAGAAAGUAUUGGUUUUCAUCGAAUCCAAGGAGCCCUGCAUGCCAACCGCUGGUCCAACAUGAAAAUGACAGCAGGUGGAGUCCCAAUGGAUAGAAGCGAAGUCCUCACAGGCGGCCAGGACCCUUUCCUGGGCUAUGCUGGUCUAGGCGAUGACGAUGAGGGUGGAGCUGUUGAUGACUUUGAAGAUCUAUUUGCUCGUUUUAGUGAAAUGAGACUCACAGCGUCGACACUGAGCAGAGAGCAUAGACUUGACUUUGCAGAAAACGUUGCCACUGCUUUUUUGGGAGCUUUGGGCGGUCACGAUGACGACGAGGAGGAUGAAGAAUUUAAUAAUCCUGAAGAAGAUGGUAACGUUGUUAGCACCUGUGAGCCAGAGAACACUGGUCAUAACAUCAGUGCUGAUUAUGAUGCGCUGCUAUGUGAAGCUGCAGCAAAAGAAGAUGCUGCUCAAUCGUUUACUGAAGCAUCAUCUGGAAAUGACGAAAUUCCUUACAAAGAACUAACGGUAAUGAACAGCUCCGCCGAGCGUCUCGCAGAACUUGGCUUUCCUGUAAUUGAAAGUCUGAACUCAGAUGUCUCGUCGCCAGAAAGUUCUGGCCAGGAAAAAACAGAAGAAACAAGUGUACCAUCUAUCGAAUGGAACUUGCAUGACUUCCCUUGUAAAUCCUACGAUGAUAUAGAGAAUGAGAUUAAGCAAGAAGAGUUACAGAAACUUGCUGAGAGGCAUGCUGCGCAAGAAGAAAUUCUGCGAGAGCUUCAUGAACUGCCAGAGGCAAACAAGAAGUUGAAGCUAUGAAGGCAUUCCUGACUGCCGCAUCUUCGGUGACUGGAGUCUAAGUAAACGCCAUUCCAUACAUCUGUAAUUCAGUCAUCGUACGUUAUAUUUUAGAUCUGAUGCAGUCAGUAAGGUUUGAAUUGUUGAUAUGUACAUGAUAAAUUAGAUCUGAUUAUUCUCAAAUUUAUUGUUGUUAUUGAAAUUGAUAUUAACCAAUGAAAUUUUUAUUUAGCACUGUAUAAUCUAACUUUUCUUCUACCCUAAUUCACAAGCAAUGUCAGCCCGCAGUCUUCUCUUUUUAUAGAUCUCAACCAGCUCAUGAUGGAUGGUACUUAUGUUAAUUUUUUCUUGUAAAAUAAGCUUCUUCAUUACCUAGUUUAUUUUGAUAAUGAUUUUCGUGACAAAAUUUAUGUGACCUAAGGCUAUUGUGGUUGUCGAUUCAUUUUCAUUAGGUGGUUCGAUCAUUAUGAGAUAGACGGCUAUUAGAUUAGAAAAUUGCGAGACUAAGCAAAAGAAUCGAAUCGUUUGAAACAGAAAUUACUAACCUUUCGUUUAGAAAGUCUGAUACAUUUGUAGUAUCUAUGGAGCAAGUGAGUUUAGUCCCUGUUUGGGUAGUUCUAAUUAUGAAUUCUACGUACCUUUCAACAUCCUACAUAUUGGUAUUGAAUGCUUUUACUAUAGUGAAAGAAUUAUUUACGCUCAAGAAUAAUUUGUACGUUUCUUGUUUCAUUUCAAGUAGAGAUUUUUGUUCCCUAGUCACAGCAAAGAUAAUAAAACAAUUUUAAUAAGCGUAAAAACAAGAUUUUUGCAUAUAUUCAUAACGAUAAAUAGAUAUCAUGUUUAACAGGCACUUGACAAUUCACACCAGAAAUUCUUGAAGAAGCUAAUAUAUCCUCAUGACUGCGUC